GUAGGUGAUAUGUAUUAGUAUGUGCACGCAGGCGACAUGGACCCAGGUUAGAAGGCCCUCUAUGGCAAGAUAUGUGUACCUCUGUAAUACAGGCAAGGGAGUUGGGCUUCGAUAGAAUGGACCGGCUGAUGGUAGAUGCACCCAUUCCCGCACCCGCACUCUCGGGAGCGUGGCGGCGACAGGGAAGCGCCGCCCACCAGCAGGCUAGAGAGGCGGCUCUGCAGAAGACUCGCAAGGCAACCUACGGCGAGCCCCACGGUCCUGACUCCUCGGCAACCGAGUGGAGGCGACAGGCAGGGUCGAAUCCCGGGAAGGCAGAGAAACCGCCGUAGAAAACAUGGAACGACCCCUGGCCCACAAUGGUCGAAGAUACCAUCUGUAGGGGUAAAGAACGU